AUGAAGGCAUCUAUUGGACUUCUGUUUGUUGCAACGACGUUCGUCAGCGCCGAAGAUUUCUGCAACUCUGGUUGGGGAAAACCAGCUAAUACAGCAUGUACUGCUAAAAGGCCUCAUACAUAUUGCUGCUCAAAUGGCGGCGGGCAGACUAAAUUUUACCCGUAUUCUAGGGAUUGUCGGGCGCUUAUUGACCUUACGUUUAAGGCACCACCAACUCUUUAUACAUACCCAUGGUGUCAUGGUGAUGGGACAAUCUAUUGUUGUGCUUAA